AUGUACCAACACGGUCACGCAUUCCAGGGCAGGAAAUUGACCGAUCAAGAAAGAGCGCGAGUGUUGGAGUUCCAGGAUACUAUUCACUACUCUCCCAGGUAUUCUGACGAUACUCAUGAAUACCGUCACGUAAUGCUACCCAAAGCUAUGCUUAAGGUCAUCCCCUCUGACUACUUCAAUUCCGAAACUGGAACACUUCGAAUUUUAACGGAAGAUGAGUGGCGUGGGCUCGGCGUUACCCAGUCGUUAGGCUGGGAACACUAUGAGUGCCACGCUCCAGAACCACACAUCCUGUUGUUCAAGCGCCAGUUAUGA